CAAACAAAUUAACAAAAAACAAUAAUUUAUCCUCACAAACUCUCGGUCUUGUUGUUUACAUCCCGUUUAGAUCAAGUUUUAUCAGUACUCGACGACUCUCCGUCUCCGUUUCGCACGAACGUGAAGUGGAGUUGGGUUUCCGACUGCUUUUGAGUUUCGAACUCAACAGCAAAUUCCGGCGGAAAAUAAGACGAUACUUGUCGCGGAUUCAAAUUGAAGAGGUCUUGUGUCGAGUAUUUUGGCCAGCAGUCUCUGAUGGGUCGACGAUUAGGGAUUGGAAUUCAUAAGCUUGCUUGCUGUUUCUGUAUAUCUUGAUCUGCUCUUCAAGGGGACUUUUGAAGAUUAAGCGCUAAUUCUGGUUUUCACCUUCAGUGAGACUUGAAUAUUGUGUUUAUUAAUGGAGGCUGAUUGGUCCAGUCUGAACUCCGACUUGCUUGAAGCGAUUGCAAAUCGCCUUAGAAUAGAAGAUUAUGUCCGUGUCCAAGCUGUAUGCAAGCCAUGGCGAUUGUUAAUAGAGCGUUUCCCACGUCAUCCACACAACCAACUUCCAUGGCUGGCUCUGCCACCUGCUGAAAAUAGCAAUACUUGUCGCUUUUAUAGUUUCACUGAAAGGAAGCUUCACCAUAUUGAGCUGCCUGAGCUUCGCGAGAGGCGAUGCUGCGGUUCAUCUCAUGGCUGGAUGGUAAUGGUGGAUAAAAGCCCUGAUGUGUUUCUGCUGAAUCCCCUCACAGGGUCUCGGAUUCCACUCCCACCGAUUACAACUUUUCCUCAGGUUGAGGAUUUUCUUGUUUCGGAUGAUGGUGAUGAAAAAUAUUGUUAUCGACCCCAUGUGCUUGAUCGGUCCCAUAUAUAUAGCGGGAAACUCAUGCAAAGCCGAUUCCUCAACAAGGUGGCCUUAACUGGGAAUCCUUCUGUUACUAGGGAUUACAUGGUCCUCGCUAUCUAUGGUGAUUUGGAACAUUUAGCCUUUUGUAGAGAGGGAGAUGACAAUUGGACUUUAGUACAUCAAGAUGAUGCAAAACUCAUUUUCGAAGAUGUGGUUUACUGGAAGGGAAAUUUGUAUGCUGUAGACUACAGUGGAAGGCUUAUAGAAUGUGAUUUGGGGGGUCCGAUCCCUGAGGUAAAGAGAAUAUUGACCACACGGCUUAUUAUUGGAGAUAGAAGUUACUUAGUAGUUUCAGGAGAGGAACUAUUGUUGGUUUCUAGGACAAAAGAAUGCUGUUUCGGAGAGAGGCAUUAUCGCAGAACAAAGAAGUUCAUGGUUUUUAAGUUGGACGAAGAGAGCCUGACUUGGGUCGAGGUCGCCGAUCUCAGGGAUCGUAUGUUUUUUGUGGGCAAUAAUUUUGCAUUGUCUCUUUCCGCUAACGAUUUCCCUGAAUGCAAAGCCAAUUACAUUUAUUUCACAGAUGACUGUGUCAAUGGCUAUGUAGCCUACAUCAAGGGUACAAGCAAGCACUUGUAUGGGGGCCACGACUUGGGAGCCUAUGACAUGACGAAUGGAAAAAUUGAACCAUUCCCUUGCUUUCCAGAAUUCACUUGUUCAACUUGGCCACCCCCCUUUUGGUCUAUGCUCUCUCCGUACUGAAUAGAAGAUUCAGUUUAAUGAUUGGUUAUGUACUCGUACUGACCAGUUUGGCUUUUGAGUAAUUAUGUAUGGACUAGCCACAUGAGGAGAAGAGGGAGAUAAAAUGAUUAUAUGCUCUCAACAUAAGUCCAGCAGCAGCUAUUGCUACAACUAGGUUAUGUAUAUCCGUUGCAUAUUGAAACCUUUCAUUUUUUAUUGAUAAUAUAUUUUGCUGCAGCCUCCUGUUAUCAAUGUAUCCUUAAUGCAUAACCUAUAUAUUUGAUCCUUUUAUUAGUGACGCUGUAUUAUCUUUUUGGUAUAUUAGAGCAAUUGGUUAUAACUUAAGGUUGAAGUGGAUAAUUAGAAUUAUUUUUUUGGUUAAUUUAUUAUGUGUUGUAGUUUCACUUUAGUUAAAUUCAGGUGUCUUAACGUUGGAGAGCAUU